UUGCUACUAACAAGUUUGCCAAGAGCAAACCGACCUUGAGAAUUUUGUAUCGAAAAACUUGCAGAAUUCUUCCAUAAUCUUUUAUUUUUGACUUUUUGAAAUUGGUUAAAUCAUUUCUUUAAAAAUACUAGCGCCUUUAGCCAGUGAAAUAACGAAUUGCUAUGUCUACACUUAAUGGACAGACGGCACUGGCCUAUGCAAAAGUUUGGCAUCAUGUUUCUGCGAAAGGUAUUCCAUUAGGUCGUCUAGCGUCGAAUAUUGCAAUAACGUUAAUGGGCAAGCACAAACCUAUUUUCCAUCCUGCUGCGGAUUGUGGCGACGUUGUCGUAGUUACAGAUUGUGAAAAUGUUCGAAUUUCUGGUCGCAAACUCGAACAACAUAAAUACUACUCUCAUUCAGGACGACCUGGACAUUUAAAAGAAUGGACGAUGGAAGAAAUGGCAAAAAAGAGAGGAUACAAGGAGCUUUUGAGACGUGCUGUGGGAGGAAUGCUUCCUAAGAAUCGUCUUUGGGACAUGCGCAUGAAUCGACUACAUAUAUAUGAUGGUCCUGAUCACCCUUACAAAGCAAAUAUUUUCCGGAGAUACAACAGCCCUGUACUUUCCGAACUAGAAAAAUUAAAGGAAUAAACAACUGUCUCCCGUUUUCCGGUGCUCUGCUCGCUCCAUAAAUAUACCAUACAUCCUUUAUGAUUCCUAAUCCUGUCUUCGCCCUCAUUUUUGUUUACGAACUUCUAUUCCAUUGAGCAAAUGUUUCAGUUAAAAAUUCUUUUUAAUAGUAAUAAAAUAAUUAAGAUUUUGAGGUGAAAAUAUAAA